UUUUUAAAUUCCACCAAUCAUAAGUGUUACAAUAAACGUUACAUGUUUCCCAUCCACCACACAGUUAAUUCUAUCUUAUCAGUUUGAAUAACCAAUACUAGUCGACUUUUUAAACGAAGACAUAGAUGUUAGCUUAAGGUAUACAGACAGCUGUAAAAUUGAAUGUGUUACCAAAUCUAACUACUGAUUUUAUUUAUCACUGAUAUAUUUUAAGAAUUACAUUGAAUAUUUCAUCUAAUUUCUUACUUUCUCAUAUCAUUAUGAUGCGAUUUGGCAAUAUUAAAGUGCUGCAUAUCUGUUUUAUUCUGCUCGUCAUAACUGUUACAUCUACAGUUUCAAGUCAUCGUUGUCAUGUGUGCUCUAAAUGUGAUGAACCAUUCGUAAUUAAAAAAAAUGAAAUACAAUCCGGUUGUAGUUUCUGUUCAACUGUAAGAACAUACUCUCAAGACAGGUUAAUGGUAACCAGUCGCAGUUGUGUGCCUGUAUGUGUUGAAAGUGAUUCUAGAAGGUCUGGUACAGGAAUAGUCACUUCUUGUUGUAGUGGGGACUUGUGCAACUCCAGUGGAAGGAUACAAAUACCUUUGCCUUUAAUUAUGGUUUCUCUACUUGCCAUUCUACCAAUAUUAUCCAUAAAUUUUUGACUUUAACAAAUUUAUGAGUAUUAUGCACCUCAUAAACAGAAAUCACAUUAUUAAUCCUAUAUCUUGCUUUUAAUUUAAUUAUAGUAAUUUACGCUGCAUUUCAUCUGAAUCAACUAUGCUUCAUUUAAAAUGUCAUUGUACUCUCUUUUUCAAAUUAUUAUAUAAUUAUUAAUAUAA